CAUGACAUCUUUCUCUCUCAAAUUAAAAUGUGACUUGGUUCACCGGUAAAAGCGCAGUGGGAGAUGGAAAAGACCGCGAGUCGGAAAGGAAGAGGAGCUCCUCUGCCAAGCUGUCCCCGCGCUCGAUCCACUCGGUCCCAAACCCACAGGCAGGAAGAGACGCGGAGGAAAAGGAGAGCCGGGUGCGCCGGGUGGCGACCACCCCGACCGCACCGCGGGCCCCGGAGGGACGACCGACCCCAAGUCUCCUUGGGCAACGCUGCCCACCGCGAUGGGGGAAGGGCCGGGAGGGGUCCCGCGGAGCAAGCCGCUCCCAGGGGGUUUCUCGGCCCCGCACGCCCGCCCGGGUCCCAGAGGGUGAAGCGAGGCGACAAGGGAGGCCCUGGCUCCGGGCCCCACCCCUCGCAACACGGCGGGGCUAGGGCUGACACGGCCGGCGGCAGCACCUUGCCGCAACACACAUCUCCCGACCCCCACGGUCCCCCGCCAUUUACCCCCCUCCGCCUCAGUUUCCCCACCCCCCGCCCGUCAGCCCCCUUACCCCGUGCCACAGUCCACCACACAGGCCGGCAGCCGUCCCGCCAUCUUCCUCCUCGCCUGCUGCUGCCGCUGCCGCCGUCUGCUCCGUGCUGA